ACGUCAGUCUGCCGCGGACAUCGCGUCGAUGCACUUGUUUUUAAAGUGUAUAAAGCAUCAGAUUUAAAUCCAAGUGAAACUGUGAUUACAUCGGCGUACGAGGUUCAGAUUUAUUGUGUUCUGUUAGCGUGAUCCGCUCGACUUAUUCGGGUCUGGGUCAAUUAAGGAUAUUUUAUACAUUAAAUAUUUUGAUUGUGAUGUAUUGAUUUUUCAUUGUUCUUCGAUGCAUUUUUUUAUGAGUCUGUGUAUUUAUGUCACAACUGUUUAAUUCUGUUAUGUAAUCUGUGUUAGGGAUGAUCCGAUCAUCCAAUUACUCAGGGUUAAUCCCGGUUGAACGGAUUGAACGAGGACUCGGUGUACGUGUGUUGAACGUAGACCUUACCGUAGUAUGUGACUAGUGAUACAACAUGGGACUUCACAAGAGAACAAAGAAUGGUCGGCUCUCCUACGAGAAUCCAAACUACCAUUUGGACCCGGCGCGACUCGAGUCUGCCAUUUACAGUGAACUUUACGACAUGCAUCAGGACAAGAGCAUGCCUCUAGAGUACGACAACUACCUCGACAACAGAAGAGUUGAAGACGAAGCGUCUUCGCCAGUUAAUAAAGUAAACGAUAAAAGCGGCUUCAUCACGCCGCCCCAACAGAAUGGCGGCGGGGAGUCGCCCCCUCCCGAGAAAGAGAGGGCUGACCAAGAGGACACGGAAAAGAGACACUCUGGACCCGUGCCUCACUGUGCCGAGGGACCCAACGAUGAUCUUUACGCCAUCCCUGUUAAACUGAGACCCAAGAAAGAAACUUUGCCUCCCGGAUGGGAAAAACAUGAAGAUAACGACGGCCCAUACUACUGGCACAUAAAGAGCGGCACAAUUCAGAGGGAAAUCCCGAAGAUGCCGCCGAUAGAGGCUAGAGAGUCUCGCAUCUCCAUGGUGAGGGACUGCUCCAACUUGUCGGAUGUCAAAUACGAGGGGGCAAUGACCUCGUCCGUCACCAGGAGUACCACCAGUGGAGCCUUGGAUCACGUGGACCAAGACGCCGAGAGAAAACGGAGAGAGGAAGUCGCUUACAAACGUCGCAGCUACCCCGCUCGCCCUGACUCCGAGGGCAGAGCGGUUCGCUUCUUCGUGCGUUCUCUGGGCUGGGUGGAGAUCUCUGAGGCUGAUCUGACCCCUGAGAGGUCAAGCCGCGCUGUCAAUAAGUGCAUCGUCGACCUCAGUCUUGGGAGAAAUGACCUCCUCGAUCAGGUCGGCCGCUGGGGCGAUGGUAAAGAUCUGUUCAUGGACCUGGACGACGGCGCCCUGAAGCUGAUAGAUCCAGAGAGCUUGAACACUUUGCACACGCAACCAAUACACACUAUUCGUGUUUGGGGAGUGGGCAGAGACAACGGCCGGGACUUCGCGUAUGUCGCCCGGGAUCGCAGCACGCGCCAGCACAUGUGUCACGUGUUCCGCUGCGAGGCCCCAGCCCGGUCGAUCGCCAACGCGCUGAGAGAUAUCUGCAAGCGUAUCAUGAUAGAGAGGUCGCUGCAGCCGCCGCCGAGACCCACAGACCUGCCGGCCGCCAGGCGACCGCGUCCGCUGUCAGGCGCCUCGUUCCCGACCCCAAUGGAGGAGCCGCGCAAAACGGUUCGGGCGCGUUACUUGGGCAGCGCGGAGGUGCCCCGCGCCACCGGCAUGUCGGUCCUCAACGACGCCAUCGACCGCCUGGCCGCCGCCAGGGCCCCGUCCGCCUGGAGACCCGUCGCCGUCGCUGUGGCGCCCUCUAUGAUCACCAUCACUGAGGAAGGAGAGGUGUCUCCGCUGGCGGAGUGUCGCGUGCGCUACUUGUCGUUCCUGGGCAUCGGGCGGGACGUGCGUCGCUGUGCGUUCAUCGUCCACUCGCCGCGGGACGUGUUCGUGGCGCACGCCUUCCACGCCGAGCCCUCGGCCGGCGCGCUCUGUAAGACUAUAGAGGCAGCUUGCAAGCUCCGCUACCAGAAGUGUUUAGAUGCGCACGGCGGCGCCCUGGGGCUCCCGGGGCUGGGCGGCGGUGUCGGGGCGGGCGGAGGCACGGGCACGGGCGGGGCGGGCGGAGGGGCGGACUCACGCGCCACGCUCGGACAAGCGCUCAAGUCGCUCGUGGGCUCGCUUACUGGACGACGCGCUUCUUGAGCGACAUGCGCGUCGCCCCCGGUCGCCGGCCGCUCCGCACGCACGCUUCCCCACCGCGUCUCCACACGUAUCGUUUAAUAUAUGUAUCAGCAGUUAAAUAAAUGUAUCGUUUGUAGGGAACGUGUCGGUAGACAGUGACCUCUGUCCGUAAUGUGUAGAGGUUACAUUACUCUUGUACUUACUGCGGGUGCAUAUCAACUUGGACACGAGUUCUGACGUAUUCAAUGGACGUAUGUUAAAGUUAUUUGAGUAUAAAACCUGCGAACGGUCGGUGUGCAGGUUGGUGGUGCACACGCGGUGAAGCAGGUUCUGUUUCCGGUCAUAAUGUAAGCGUCUAGUACGCGAAGCAGUGUGACGUGUAGUGUGUACGGUGUCCGCUCCAUUCCAUAGUCUUGUACGAGUGCGUUAAACAUCUCGACAGUCACAGCACAAAUGAAAUCCUGACCCGGCAGACGAGGGAAACGUUGUAUUAAUAAAAAAUGCUUGACACAGGCCCCUACACGUUAUAUGUAAGAAAACUACCUUCCGUAGUGAACGUGAGUAAUUUAAGUAUUGAAUUGACAUGUAUUAUAAUUUAUUUGUACUCAUAUUAUACAUAUCUUAUAACUACCUUUCAUAGUCGCCUGUCACCUGUCACCUGUCACCUGUCACGCGUGACGUGUCAUCCUCACUCGCCGCGCGUCACUUGGCAUCUGUAUAAAGCUGUGUGUUCAUUGUGGUUGAGUUGGUCUCGUUAUAGUUACCAUAUAAAAUACUAGUCGUAGAGCGUUAUGGUUUUGUAAAUGUUAAGGCGAUUUAUACCAUAGAGUUAGCGGUUGUUUUCGGCUAUAGUCUGUAACCCAAAUAUUAUUGAAACGAAUAUGUUAUGACGAUGGCCACUACGAGGUUAGGAGGUCAGUUGCAAUAUGUUACGAAUAUGAUUUAACUGCGGCUGACGGUUAAGUCGGCAGCGUUAGAGUAUCGGUCGGGAUAAGGGGAGUGUAAAUAAAGUGUAAACUUCGGUGGAAUUUGAUUAAUUUUAGUGUAGCAAAAUGGAUUGAUGGGUUUCCAGUUCGCUGGCUGGGUUUCGUGAGCACGGUAUGAAGAAAUUUUGACACCUAGGGCGGUCGCAAACUUGGCUACUGUUUGAUUCGAUUUUAAUGUGUGUAUUAAUUCUUUCAAAUAAUAUAUCAAACUUGUAAAUUAAAGCGACGUUUCCACUAUCGGCUUGUCUCGUCCUUGUCAUCGGCAGGUAGUUUGGCGUCCGCUCUUACUUGAUUUCUUAAUGAUUGGUCUGUCGCGUCGGAGUAGUUAGAAUAUUAAUGAUAUAUGUACGUGUAUAGGAAGAGUUUAUUUUUGCUUAAGCUUGUAUAAAAUACGUAUUGGAUUGCGGAAGAUAAAUAUUUUUGGUAACACAUCGCAGUGAAUAUAUGCGUAUGUAUUGAUAUAUUCCUAUAUUUACUGUCUAGCUUAUCUAAAUUAGUUUUGGCAUAAAGAUGUCUUAUACAAAUGUAAUUUUUAACGACUGUUCACUGAAUGAUCGAUAUUUAUUUGCCAAUUUGGCUGGAACCAGAAUUUAAUAUUGUAUAAUGCGAGCCUCAUAUAACAAGGGUGUUGGAAAUUGUUGAGCUUUCAAUAUAUAUUAACGUAUUUAAAGUCCAUAAAUUAUUCGCGAUAUAGAGACAUGCAAAAUUAAAAUAAAAAAAAAUAAUAACUCGAUGUUGUUCGUUUGACAGCUUAAGUGACAUCUGACGUAUCUAUAACUAAAUACUCGUUAUGUAAUAUGUAUAUAGGAUCCACGUUAAAAAGAAAACAAAUAAAAGCACUGAAUCUGAAAACUAUAAUAAUCUUUUGUGUCUGUAACACUCGUAAUUAGGGUACUUUAUAUAUAUUUGUAAGGGAUGGCGAUCUUCUCACGAUGACCUUGACGGCCUGCUUUCAAAGUAGUUCACUUUUUAAUGUACACUAGAAGGUCGCGGCGCUGAGUCAUUGCCAUUCUUUUAGCGUAAGGCGUUCGUUAGUUAUCACAGAUUAGCUUCGAAUACAUCAAUUACCUGUUAGUGGUCAAUGUUGCUUACGAGAUUAACUUCACUGGGCUGUUCAUACGUAAUAGUUAUAUUCACGAUUAAUGUUAAGCGAUUCAAUGUCAUUGUUUAUACGGAAUGAUAUUCAUGUAUGGCGGCACGAGCAGCGGUCGAUUUGUUGACGGGACUCGAUGGAAGAAGUAAAAUUUAUAUCCAAAUUUUGACUAAUUAAUUAAUCGAUAAGUCGAUCGCUCGUGAGCCUUUAGACGCCAUGGAACGCAAGCUUUGACUGCCCCUCGUCGAAAUAUAUGUCGAUAUUUUCUAUGGAAUAUAAACCUUUAUAAAGUAGUUACUAGCUUCGAUGUGACAAGUCUAGUUCAGGGAAGGAUCGAUUACAGACGGCAGUUCAAUUUGUACCGUCAUCGCUUGACAGCUUAAAAGCCUUAAAAUUGUGGCUUUUAAUAAAUAAUUUUGUGAAAUUAAUAAAAAAAAAAUCGAUUAUAAACACA